AUGUUUACUGCUCAACCCAGGAAAAUUAGAAAUUACGCAACCUCUGCGUGUGAACGAUGUAAAAUGGCAAAAAAAAAAUGCACUGGCAAGUGCCCAUGUGAUAAUUGCGUUAUUCGAGACGCUGAAUGUAUAUUCAGUGAAAAAAAAAAGCGAGGUCCGAAGUCUAGAAGCCAGCAGAGGACUGAGACAACCUCAGAGUCUUCUAAACAUGAUAAUGAUUUACAUGUCAAUAUGAAUGUUACCUCUUUUCAAGAACCAGAAUUAUAUUCUGGUUUGCAAUUCGAUAUUACUCCGUUAAUGUUACCAUCGCUUACCGAUUUUCCUAAUAACAAUAUCAGCGCGGCUGGUGUAUCGACAAUUUUUUCGGAAUAUGAAAAUACUCAUCAGCACUUUAUAGGAUAUAAAGAUCAAAAUUUAUCGUUUUGCAACUAUUCUGAUUCAUGCAUUAACAUAUCGGAAAACGUUAGCAUACCGGAAAACGUCAUUAGUAAUACUUUUCUAAAUGAAAAUUGGAUGAAUUGUUUGUACGGAAAUAAUUUUUUCUAA